CUGCCAGUUUUUAAGUUAUAUAAGUUUGUAGGCUCUAUUUUACACAACAAAAUUUGAAAUUUCCAGCUGAGGGCAAGCUAGGAUUUAAAAAUGGCCGAAAAGAAACCCGAGGAGGAUAACAAGAGCUUAAAGAUCACUCCCAGUGGGUCUUUGAACCGCUCAAACCGCCUGGAAGCCCAAAAUCGCCAGCGGGAUCAGAAUAACGCCCUAUUUGCCCAACUUUAUGCCAGUUUGGAGGGGGAACAUCGUAAGUUGAGGGAGUUGCAGCAGCGCCGAUCGAAGCUCAUUGAGGAAAUGAAGAGUCUAAGGGCUCUUCUGUUUGCCGAGAACAAGAGACUGCGGCAGACAGUGGCCCCCAUUACUGGCGUGCCAAUUCCAGUGCCCAGUGGUAAUCCCGUAGCCAAAAAUCCUGCCGAGACAUCACCCGGUCCUAGUACCUCUUUGAAAUCUCCCCGCUUGGAGCGCAGGAGUUCCACAAAAUCGGUGACAAUUGCCGAGCCGCCGGAAAGAAGUUUAACCAUUACCGAAAGACCCAGGGCAAGUAGUUCCCAGAGUUUGCAGAAAAAGGUUAAUAGGCGUAGCCUUAAACCUUCACUGAAUAAAACUAAAAGGAGAAAGCCCUUAGAUAAUAUAUCCAAUACCCGAGAGGACUUACUAGACGAGCUCGGUGAAUCCGCUUUAUCCAUAUCCGUGGGCUCCAAUUUGCAAACUCUGGUGCAAGAAAGAUCGAACUUUGAGGAACGAGAGGAUAGAGAUGAAGUGGCGGUGCCCCUUCCCGAACUUUUUACCCUGAUGGAUUCCCAAUUCGCAGACACAAGUCCUGCCAUUUUACCAACUAGUCCAGACACCAACGAUUCUAAAGCUUCCGAAGAACCUCUUGGUCUUUUAAACCCCGAUCAGGAUCCAAGUUUUUAUCUGCCAAGUGCUAGGUCUAUAUUCGGGGACCUGAUAGGAACUGAUUCCGCUCCCUUGAUAAUGGAUUUGCCAGGGGUGUCACUGGAAUUACCUCCUUUUGGCAUUGCUGAAUGCUCAGCGAAUGCGGGAGAAGUCGUUGAAAACGAACCCGAAAAGGAGUCGGAUUCAGCAUCCCACAAGUUUUAAGAGCUAUUAAACUUUGAACUACAAAAAUUACUGGAUCUGGCAACCUUAUUUCACUAAAAAUACAUCCCUGAAAAUCACA